AGUAGUCAUUCCUUUCUUGCCGAUUGGAAUACUCUUCGUAUGAUUACCGGUUUCAAAUAUCUAUAAAAUUCAACUAUCCGUGGACCGCCCCUUCCCCCGGACGGAGUCGAUCUCCGCAAUCCGAUCUGCUAGACUCCUUCCCGAUCGCCGCCAUGACCCCCCCAUGUGAGGAAGAGGAUGGGCGUGCACCAACACACCCUUUUCUGCCCGAUGAUACUCAACGCCAUAACCCUUCCUCCGACCUGUCGGGCCAUGCGACUGACGAAGAAAUGGAGGACGAUGACUCGGCUUAUGGCGAGGAUUCCCUGAUCGGAGACGACACCGUCACCCUGUCCACCUAUAUUACCGACUACCGAUUCGAAUACGGGCGUCGGUACCAUUCCUUUCGCGAUGGCGCAUACUGGGGCCCGAACGAUGACAUCGCGAACGAACAACAAGACUUGGCCCAUCAUAUGUACUUCCUGACCCUCGAUGGGAAGCUUCACAUGGCUCCCAUAUGCAAUCCGCAGGAAAUUCUCGACGUGGGGACGGGAACCGGUAUUUGGGCAAUAGACAUGGCGGAUGAAUACCCCAGCGCCAAAGUGACGGGCGUGGACCUUUCUCCUAUCCAGCCGCUGUUCGUCCCACCGAAUUGCGUCUUCGAGAUUGACGACGUGACCCUUCCGUGGACCUACGACCCUAAUCAUUUCGAUUUCAUUCACGUGCGCGAGCUGUUCGGAUGCAUUCCUGACUGGGACGAAUUUUUCCAGCAAUGCUGGCGUUGCCUCAAACCCGGCGGGUUUAUAGAAGUCGUCGAGCACUCGGUCGAGCCGAUCGCGGACGACGAUACCGUACCGGAGGACCAUUUCUACCGCGUAUGGGGACAGACCGUACUCAACUCGGGGAACAUGUCAGGCAAGACGUUCAACAUCUGGGCCGAAAGCGCGACGCGACUACGGCAGGCUGGAUUUGUCGAUGUGGUGGAGAGACGCUUCCAAUGGCCCAUGAAUGCGUGGAGUUCCGAUGCCAAGUUACACGAAUUAGGCCGCUGGAACCAACUGCGCCUCCACGCUGGGGUUGAAGGAUUCAUGCUCCGUCUCCUCACAACGACCCUGGAAUGGUCUUACGCGCGCGCGCAAGUCUUCCUCGCGCAAAUGCGCCAGUCCCUCCGCGACUUCGAAACACAUGCCUACCUCCCGGUGUCAGUCGUGUACGCUCGCAAACCCGUUUCAACAACCAACCCCUCUUUGUAGGAAUCUUUCUUUUUGCUUCUCUGUCUCCUGCAUUGCAUCGUCCCAGACCCUUCGUUCAACUUAUAGCCCUUUCAGUGCAAGCGUUAUACCCAAGUCUUAUUCCUUCGAGCGAUUUUCUUCUGUUAUGACAGACAUGUGGAUGUGUAUGUACGGAUCGGCUUCGUAGGGUUGUACCUUAUCGAUGUCAUGGAUUGAACUGGCCUGUUUGCAACGGGGUCGGAUAUCUUGGACACAUUUUU